AUGGAGAGGUUGAAGCUCGUGCUGGACUUGUUGAUUAAAUACUACCCUGUUUUUGGCUAUAGUUUUUUUAGCCUGCUGACAGCUGCCUCAGAGUACAUCUUCUCCAGUGUAGUAUUCGAAUGCCCCUGCAGCGCUACCUGGAACUUUCCCUAUUCCCUCGUCUUUCUCCUGGUUCCAGCCCUGAUUCUUUUCUUGCUGAGCUGCCUUUUGAGCACCCGGGCCAAGAGACUCAUGACAGGUUGCUGUGCUACAGGCCAAGAGGAUUACGAGAGCAGAGAUGGACCGGGGCUGUGUGCUAGUAUGGCAAUGUGCUGUCACUUCAUCUUGGCUGCUGCGGUGGCACCUAUCACCUGGAUCGCAGUGGCGCUACUCGGGGGAGGUUUCUAUGAGUGCGCAGCCAGUGGCAGCACGUGGGCAUCUCGGCUGUUGUGCCCUGAUCAGGAAGCCAGUUGUUCUGAGCAGCUGCCACAGGUGCCGUGCCAGAAUGAGAAGUCGGAGCAGGUCCAGGAUCUUUUGAAGGAGCUCAAGGUACAUUCCCAGAUGGCAGGUUGGCUCCUCAUAGGUCUUCUUAUGAUUAUUUUCCUGAUUUUCACAUUCAUCAUCCGAUGCCAAUCUUCACUUACUAUUUUUCACAAUACGUUCAAGAAAGAAUAUUUUUAAAAGGAAGAAGAGAUAUUGAGAAAUAAAGCUACGGAACGUGCUCGUCAGUUGGCAGAAGAGAAUGUCAAAUGUUUCUUUGAUGGCUCCCAGCCAAAAGAGAUCAAAAUACCAAAGUCUGAAGAAUGGCAGAUUUCAUCACAGCAUAUAGGCAAUCCUGGACAUCCAUAUUACAGUGUAUUACACAAGUAUGUUAACCAGCGGAAAGGUGACUGUAAUACUUACCUGUAGAGGGGCAGAAGGUAAGACUCCAUUCCAGGUUUUGAGUCUUACAGUGACUUGGCUCACCAAAAUUCCA